AUGGAGCUAGAAUUUUAAUCAACAAUUAAUUAGAGCAUUUAGGAGUUUGUAUGUAAAAAAAAAGGUAUUAUAAACUUAGGAUACAUUUUAGACUCUUAAAGGGCAUUAAAGAUUUUAGAAAAUAAAUAAGAUCUCUUAAAAUAUUUAGCAGACAUGAUUAUUUAAAACUCUGAUUACAGCUAGUUUUACAAUACAAUUAUAUUGAAUUAUGAAUAAUUUUCUGAAAGUAUAACUGACAAAAGAUUCAAAUCAAUCGAAGAUAAAAGCUAUGAGAACUUUUUAAGCAGAUAUGAAAUAAAAGGAGUCAAUUUCAAAGAAGGUUGCGACAUAUAGGAGAUCUUAGAUAACAGAUUUGUUUAUAAUUAUGAAUUAAUUUGUUUCAAAGCGGAUAUUUAAAUUUUGGGUCAAAGCCAUGAGAAAGAAUGCUAAGAUGAAAAUGUAUCUUAGAAAUAUCUUGAAUAGCAAAACAAAUUAAAGAAAAUUGGAGAGUACAUUAAAGAAUUCAACAAUUAAUAAAGUGAUCUUAUCUUUUUAAUAGAUUUCAACAUAACUUAGGAUAAUGAAUCAAAAACCAAAAAAACAAGAGAAACUAUGCAUUAAUUAGAAUAGUAGUUAUAUAGCUUCUGUGUUGAAAAUUUAUUAAAAAAUGAAAUACCAUUACAAAAUAUGAUAAUCUCUUUAAAUUUACCUCUAAUCGGACAAAAAAAUAUCAAGUAAGCAACAAAUUGGGUAGAAGAAUCAGCUUUUAAUUCUUUAAUAAUGCUUUCACAUGCUUUACCUGCUUGUAUCGGAGGUGUAGCUAUAACAUAUGAUGGAGUGAUAGAAGUAAACACAUUCUCAAAAUAUUUAAAUGAAAUGAAUAGAUUGAGUGCCAUUAAAUAUUUUCCAAUUACUUACAUGACCCAUUAAUCAAAUUUUGAAUAUCUAGCUCUAAAAUGGAAAGGAUAGGAUAUAAAUUAUAUAUCAACAAGUAAUUAUUUUUAUAGAUACAGCGAAUCUUUAGAAUCGGGAUUACAUGGAAAUUAUAAAUACUAAUUGGAAGAUUUAGUUUUUGGAGCAAUAGAAAUCGGAGAUAUAUCUUGA